AUGGCCUCGGCAGUGUAUAUUCUCGAUGCAGAGUGCCGGCCGAUCAUUUCGCGUGCGUACAAGUUCUACCCAGAGGAGGUGUAUGUGCCCAUGCUCGCGCAGUUCGCGACACACGUUGCACACAAGGCGUGUCCGCCGGUGGUGUGCGUGACGGGCGUGAACUUUGUGUGGGUACGACACGGGGAUCUCUACGCUGUGGCGAUUUGUCUCGACGCGCGCGCAAACGCGAUGGCACUCGUGCAGUUUCUCCAGCAGUGGCUCGACGUACUCACGAGUUACUUGGGCAAGCCGGUCUUGUUCCGUGACGACGUGAUUGACAACUACGUGCUUGUGUAUGAGUUGUUCGACGAGAUUAUGGACUUUGGGGUCGUUCAGUUGACGGACUACAAGAUUUUGAAGGAGUACAUCAAAUUGCGCGCGGACAACUUCAGCAUCGUGGAGAACCGGAAGCUGCACGAGGACGUAGAAAAGGCCCCGAAGAAGAAGUUUUCGCUAUCGCUCAAAAAAGAGAAACCAGUGGAGGUUUCCGAGAUAAUGGACGAUGCCAUCAACGCGAGUAUCGUGCGAACCACCAUCAAUGAAAUCAAUUGGCGGCCAAAGGGCAUUUUCUACAAAAAAAACGAAAUCUUCGUGGACAUUUGUGAACGCAUCCAUUUUGUCUACGAUUUGACCCAAUCUACGAUUCAUACGAACAUAAUCCGAGGUGCUAUCAACGUACAGUGCUACCUUUCGGGGAUGCCCCUCUGCAAACUCGGGCUCAACGAGGCGUUGACAGACACGGGGAAGGCGUUUUUCCAUAACCUCCGGCUUCAUCAGUGUGUCACCGCGCAGUUAGCCAAAGAAGAGGCAGCACCGUCCUCGAACUUUUCGUUCAUCCCGCCCGAUGGAGAGUUUGAGCUUCUCAGCUACAUCCACAAAUCGACGGCUUCGACCAAAAAGCCGCUCUUCUUCGUUCGCCCCUUCUUCAAGCACAUCACCACGAAUGGCACCCACAAGCUCCAGGUGAUGCUCACGCUCACGACCCACUUCAAGCAGAAGGUUCAGGGCCGCCGACUCCUGGUGGUGGUACCAUUGCACCACUACCGCAUCGACUACAAUCGGCCGCUCAAGUUCAUGACGAACGAGCUCAAAGGCAGCAACAACUCCAAGAUCGAGAUCGUGCUCGAAUCCGAGAGCUUGUGCUGGGAGUUGGAGCUGUACACGGGGAACUCUGAGUACAAGAUGAUGGCCGAAGUGGAGCUAGCGGAGAUGCCAGACGAGGCAACUUUCUUCCACUCGCGGUUUGUCCAGGGAGAUGAGCCCGAAAGCGACAGUGAUAACGAGGCAUCCACGUAUAUAUCCAACGCGAAGCGCCGCGACAGGAACCACAUUGUCCAGAAGAUCAAGGCUGAGUCACAAGGGAAGACUGCGGCGGACCCGUUUGCCGUCACCAUCCACUUCGACCUCCAGUUACUCUCGCAAGGCUAUUCCGGUUUGCGAAUUGAGUUUUUGACCAUCGAAGAGCUGACCCAGAAGAAUAUCAAGUACACGAGUUUCCCCUGGAUCCGCUACCUCAUCGAAGACGAUGGAGCGGGCGAGCGCGCUCCUGAUGCAGUUAACAGAAACGUCCACGGCGAGUACAGGUUCAAGUGGGGGCGCGACAAGGUUGUCUGGGUAGAGGAAAAGAAGGAGUUGAAUUCGGAGACAAACAAAGAUUCAGAUCCAGAGAAAAUCAAUGGAAUCCUGACAGAGCUCAACUGA